AUGCUUCUGGACGACCAAGGAACCGCAGAUGCACAGGGAAUGAUGGAGAACAUGGACUUUGGUGCAGAGGAAGACAACGAGGCAGGCAGAGCUAAGAAGGAUCGGGCAGAGGAGAGUUCUGGGGCUGGCAAGCAUGGCGACUUCCUCGGCAUCAUCAAAAUCACCACAAAGAUUGAUGAUGAAGUGGGUGCCCGCAUUGUUCCGUGA